AUGAAUAGAAUAUUCACCAGGCCGGCGUCCCACCUCCGCCAAAUACGGCGAACACUAACACACCACUCGACUAACGCCACCACCACCGAUCUCGACCCCGCUGACGAGCUUCAGCCUCUUGGUAUACUAUGGAGGUACCAAAUACUGGAUCCCAACAGCGAUAUUGUCAAUCUCUGGAACCACGUAUUCUUGAUCACCUGCAUAAUCUCCCUCUUCAUCGAUCCUCUGUAUUUUUAUCUGCCGUAUGUAGGCGGCGAGGCUUGUAUGUCCAAUGAUAAUGAUGCGUCCCUUACAAUCACCUAUUUUCGAACCUUAAUCGACCUUUUUUACCUCCUCCACAUGCUUAUGAAAUUUAGGACGGCUUUUGUGGCCCCGAGCUCUCGGGUUUUCGGGCGUGGGGAGCUCGUCAUGGAUGCCCGGGAAAUUGCAAUCCGGUAUCUUAAGACUGAUUUCAUUGUCGACCUCACUGCCACGCUUCCAUUGCCCCAGAUUGUCAUUUGGUUAAUUAUUCCAGCAACGAAAAGUCAUUCUAACAACACUCUUGCGCUUAUUGUCCUCAUUCAAUAUGUUCCGCGUUUGUUUGUCAUUUUUCCUUUGAACAAUCGGAUCAUCAAAACCACGGGCUUUAUAGCUAAGACUGCUUGGGCAGGAGCUGCAUAUAAUUUGCUUCUCUUUAUGCUAGCUAGCCACGUAUUAGGAGCUGUAUGGUAUUUGGCAUCAAUAGGAAGGCAACACUCUUGCUGGAAAGAAGGAUGUAGAGAUGAAUUUCAUUCGGUUCCGCCUUGUUAUUUGGAUUUUCUUGAUUGUAACUCUCUGGGAAGUCUUGAACGGGAAUAUUGGCUGAACAGCACAAUUGUUCUUUCUCGCUGUGAUGCUAAAAAUGAUGAAUCUGAUUUCAAGUUUGGAAUGUUCGCCGAUGCUUUUACGAGUGAAGUAGCUUCGUCACGUUUGAUCGAAAAGUAUCUCUACUGCCUUUGGUGGGGAUUAAGAAAUUUAAGCUCGUAUGGCCAGAAUUUGACUACAAGUACCUAUAUUGGUGAGACAACAUUUUGCAUUAGCUUAUGCAUUGGAGGUCUGAUUCUAUUCGCCCGGCUGAUCGGCAACAUGCAGACUUAUUUAGAAUCAAUGACGGUAAGAGUUGAAGAGUGGAGAAUAAUGAGAAGGGAUACCGAAGAAUGGAUGAGGCAUCGCCAGUUACCUCCAGAAUUGCAAGAACGUGUUCGUCGUUUUAACCAAUAUAAAUGGCUCGCCACACGAGGUGUCAAUGAAGAAUCUAUCCUGCGUUCAUUGCCUCUGGAUCUUCGCCGGGAAAUUCAAAGGCAUCUAUGUCUUAACCUUGUUCGCCGAGUUCCAUUUUUCUCGCAAAUGGAUGAUCAACUUCUUGAUGCCAUAUGUGAACGUCUAUUCUCAUCCUUGAGCACAGACGGGAGCUAUAUUGUUCGGGAAGGUGAUCCAGUAAAUGAGAUGCUGUUUAUCAUUAGGGGACAACUCGAGAGCUCCACUACUAAUGGAGGACGGACGGGAUUCUUCAAUUCCAUCACCCUUCGACCUGGUGACUUUUGUGGGGAGGAAUUGCUUACAUGGGCUUUAGUACCGAAUUCAACUCUAAACUUGCCUUCAUCGACUCGAACUGUUAGAACUCUCACUGAAGUUGAGGCUUUUGCACUUAGAGCUGAAGACCUUAAAUUUUUCGCCUUUCAGUUCAAGCGUCUUCAUAGCAAGAAACUCCAGCAUGCAUUUAGAUACUAUUCUCACCAGUGGAGGACAUGGGGCGCUUGCUAUCUACAAACAGCGUGGAGAAGGUACAGGAGGAAGAAGCUAGCGAAGGAGUUGGCUUUGCGAGAAAGCUUUCAUUUUACUUCAAUCCCGGGACAGGAAAGUUAUAACAGUGAUGAGGGAGAUUCUGAUGGAGUUGAUGAAAUUUCGUCGAUGGAUAGUCCAAAUAAUGCUCAGCAUCUUGGUGCCACAAUUUUGGCUUCGAAAUUUGCGGCAAACACAAGGAGAGGAGCCAUUCACAAGGUUCAGGUAGCUGAUACCGCUUCUUCAAGCUUAAAGAUGCCCAAAUUGUUUAAACCAGAUGAGCCUGAUUUCUCCGAGGAAGUUUAG